AUGACUGUCACCACUGGCGACGUAGCUCCAGUACCCGCAGCGCUCGAACCUCUUCAGCAGGCAACCCCGGAGCGCCCAAAGGACGUUGGUAUCCUCGCCAUCGAGAUGUACUUUCCCCUACGCUGCGUCUCUCACGAAGCUUUGGAAGAGUUCGACGGCGUCUCCAAGGGCAAGUACACCAUCGGCCUCGGACAGGAGUUCAUGGCCUGCUGCGAUGACCGCGAAGAUAUUAACUCGUUCGCUCUGACCGCUGUACAUGAUUUGCUCGAGAAGUACAACAUCGACCCGCGCUCAAUCGGACGCCUCGACGUCGGCACCGAGACUAUCAUCGACAAGUCCAAGGCGGUCAAGACCGUGCUCAUGGACCUCUUCGCGGCGUCUGGCAAUACGGACAUCGAGGGCGUCGACUCGAAGAACGCAUGCUAUGGCUCCACCGCUGCGCUCUUCAACGCCGUCAACUGGAUUGAGUCCUCUUCAUGGGAUGGACGCAACGCCAUUGUCUUUGCUGGCGACAUUGCUGUCUAUGCCGAGGGCUCUGGGCGGCCGACGGGUGGCGCCGGCGCUUGUGCUAUGCUCAUCGGCCCGGGCGCUCCGCUGGUGUUGCAACCGACGCACGGGAACUAUAUGGCGAACGUCUACGACUUCUACAAGCCCAAUCUCGAUUCGGAGUACCCUCGAUUCGACGGUCCACUCUCCGUCACAUCCUACAUCACGGCAUUGGAUCACUCGUACAAGUCUUACCGUGACAAGAUCAGCAAGAAGAUGCUCUCGAAACCUACGCCUGCGCCGGAAAGUGUCGAUCUGGAGCCAGUCUUCUCGCUCGCGGACGUGGACUACAACAUCUUUCAUAGCCCGUAUGGAAAGCAGGUGCAGAAGGCUCACGCUCGUCUGCUUUGGAACGACUUCAGGACCUUGCCCAACAACCCUGCGUUUGUCGGCGUCAAGAACGCCGUCGACGUACUUGCGCAGUCCUACCAGGAGUCCUUGACCGACAAAAUGCUCGAGAGAGCCUUCAUCGCCUUCGCCAAGCCCAAAUACGACAAGAAGGUCGCACCAACGAUGGCCGCCGCCAAGCGGUGCGGUAACAUGUACACCGCCUCGCUCUACGGUUGCCUCGCCUCUCUCAUCAGCGCGAUUCCUCCGCAAGAACUUCUCGGGAAACGCUUGAGCAUGUUCGCGUACGGUGGAGGGCUGGCGUCUUCGUUCUUCGUCAUUCGCGUCAAGGGCGAUACGAGCGGGAUGCGCGAGAAGCUCGACCUAGAGAAGAGGCUUGCGGCUAUGAAGGUCGUGCCGUGCCAGGAGUAUACAGAUGCGCUCAAGCUUCGUGAGGAGGGUCAUGGAUCCGUCGACUAUACGCCGCGAGGCGCUGUCGUUAACGUUCGGCCGGGCACAUACUACCUCGAGUCCAUAGACGCGAGGUACCGUAGGACCUACCAGCGCAGACCCCUGUGA